CACAACAAACAUGGCUGUAGUGUACAUUUGUAAUGAUUAGAAUCUAUUUGAAGAAACUGAUUGCUUCUCUUGCUAUGGAUAUAAGUGUGUGGAAACAUUUAAAUGUUUCCUACGAAAAAAUAAGCAGAGCACUGUGCUUAAUUUCGCCCAUUUAAUUGGGUUCCAAAUCGACACAAAUGAUAUUCGAUAUUGUCAAACUUACAAUCUUUGUAGGAAUUUCGUUACGGGUGUCGGCUCUAGGUUGUGAAAGCGGUUGGUUCGGAUCCAUGUGCCAGUUCAAAUGCCACUGCAAGACGAACACGCAGUGCGACGCUAAAGGCUUAUGUCCAAACGGAUGUGAUGACGGCUACUUUGGCGAAAAGUGCCAGUAUGUGGAUUACUACCGGCCACUAGACCAAAACACAUAUAACGAUGAUGGGGCAUGUAAUUUUAAUCAGAAAAAACUCACCCAAUUUGACAUGUCUUACUUUACGUGGGCCCGAUUCACUUUUGAAGAUUUUGUUCCGAGUUUUGUGAGCAUCUUUUUUCGUGACCACACGAUGACACAAUUCAUGGAUUGCAAAAAAUAUUACAUUACGUUCGUGGACUCUAAAACCUUUGACUACUACUGCCAACCAUACCUCAGUAUACGAGAUCUGUUUAUUUUUUCUAACUUCGGAUCAGCUAAAAUCUGCAAGAUGUAUAUGAGUCGAGGCAGAAACCUGGCUCUAAAACAGCAGGCAACAGACGCUAUCACCGUGGAUGGGGAUACAGGCAACUCCAAUUGUUUGAACUCUAGUAGCUGGAGGGUUGUGUUUCCUUAUUCCUCCUCUGUAAAUAAUAUCAUCAUACACAGCACCAAAGGAACCGAUUUUCCAACGAUUGAAAUAUACUAUAAGGUGGCUGAAGAUUCGGACUGGGAAAAAUAUGACGGAAGCCGUUUCACAGCAACUGAUGGAGUGUACGUGUCGGAUCCCCUCGAAUUCCGACCACCGGUUACUGAUUUGGAGAUCCGUAUUGUCGAUGAAUUGAAGAUUAACUUUUGUGAAGUGGAGGUUAUUGGAGGCGAGUAG